AUCAGCUGAUAGUGUUGAGUUGAAUCUGUUGUUUUUAUCUCCGUGAAACGAUUUUUAUCUUGAAGAAUGUCUACCAAAGACAAAUUGCCCAUUUUCCCUUCUCGAGGUGCUCAGACUUUGAUGAAAGGAAGACUUGUGGGUGCACAAAAAGGUCACAGUUUGUUAAAGAAAAAAGCAGAUGCCCUGCAAAUUAGGUUUAGGAUGAUCCUCAGCAAAAUUAUUGAGACUAAAACUCUGAUGGGAGAAGUGAUGAAAGAAGCAGCUUUUUCAUUGGCUGAAGCAAAGUUCGCUACUGGAGAUUUUAACCAACAAGUUUUACAAAAUGUACAGAAAGCUCAAAUAAAAAUUAGAACAAAGAAGGAUAAUGUUGCAGGUGUGACACUGCCCGUUUUCGAGAGCUAUCAAGAUGGAACAGAUUCCUAUGAGCUGGCUGGAUUGGCUAGAGGAGGACAACAGUUAGCGAAGCUAAAGAAGAAUUAUCAAAAGGCGAUAAAACUUCUCGUAGAGCUCGCUUCAUUACAAACAUCUUUUGUUACGCUAGAUGAAGUUAUCAAGCUAACGAACAGAAGAGUUAACGCUAUUGAACACGUUAUUAUACCUAGAAUUGAACGCACACUUCAGUAUAUCAUUUCCGAAUUGGAUGAGCUGGAAAGAGAAGAAUUCUAUAGAUUAAAAAAGAUUCAAGAUAAGAAACGUAUCGCUCGUCAAAAAGCUGAAGCAAAGAAAGCAGUGGACGCUGCCGCAGCAACGAUGGCGAGCAACAUUCUCGAAGAAAACGAUGAGGACCUCCUAUUUUAAAAACUCCAGAAGAAAUAAUUUUAUCGCUCUGCUUGUUCAGCAUUCCUGGAUUCGAACCAUUUUUAAAACUUGCUAAAACAAACCCACCUGUGAAUAGUUGAUGUCCUUUAAAAUCAUCUGUACAAAAUAUUUUUGAUUUUGCUUUCUUUUUGUCUUAGCAUACUAAAUUUUUUUUUCUAUUAUUUGAAAACGUGAAGUUUGCGAUUUGAAUGAAUGUGAACUAGUUAAUUUUUUUUUUUAAUUAAUGAAAUGUUUUAAGAUUUUAUUUAUAUGGGAGGCAUUUAUUUGUUUUAAUUUCUAUAAGGAAGCGUCGUGAAUCUUCAUGAACAGGUGUUUUUAUUUUAAAUGUGUCUUUUUAUUGAGAUUUAAUUUCAUUUUACUGAUAUAACUUUUUUUUUUUUGUUUUUAAUAUUUGUAUUUAUUCUAUUAUUUACUGGUCGAAAU